AUGUCGAAAAAUCAGCUGGCAGGUCGUCUGUCAAGCACAUUGCUUUAUCGAAGCCGCUGUUACAAGCAACUACUUGCUUUUAAUACUUGCUUGUUUUCAACCCAAAAGUCCGCUCCAUGUGCUGCGGUCUGUGUUAUAGCUAAUGAAGUUCUCACUGGAAAGACACUAGACACUAACUCGCACUGGAUAUCCAAAUUCAUGUUUCGUAGGGGAAUUGACCUAAAACGCGUCGUGGUAAUUCCUGACGAGGAGGAGGAUAUCGUAUGCACGGUAAAACAGCUUUCGCAAAUGGUAGGCCCUAGUGGCUACGUUUUCACGACGGGAGGUAUCGGGCCCACCCACGAUGACAUCACUUACAACAGUGUGGCGAAAGCAUUUGGUCUUGGAGUUAAAUUUCAUGAAGCUACGAUGAUGAAGCUAGAAGCUGCUAUGGCGAAACGUAAGGCAAAAAUGACGCCAGAGCGUAAGCGCAUGGCACUAUUGCCUGCCGGAUGCAGGACGCUGAUAACGAAAUUUUGGACGCCUAUUGCGGUUGUUGAAAACGUUUAUAUUCUGCCCGGCAUCCCGUCAAUGGUUCGCUCAAUGCUUACAUCGAACGAAGAGCAUUUUGUUGGCGUACCAGUUUUCCGCGCAAUUGUUCAUACGCUCAAGGUUGAAGGUGACAUUGCGAAACAGCUGACUGUGGUGCAGAAUGCGCACCCACACAUCGCAAUUGGAAGUUACGUUAAUUUGGCGGAAGACAAGAAAGAUAAGACAUUUAACACCUGCCUAUCAAUCGAAGGACGAGACGAAUUUAGAGUCAAAGAAGUAAGCGAUGAAAUUGCAAGACUUUUUGAUGGUGAGGUUGUUGUUCCGGACCAGUAA